UGGACAAUUUUGUUGUUUGUCUGUCAGUUAAAUGCAGAAUCAGUAUUAACAUAAACGACAGGUCAUUUGUGCAAAAGCUGUAAUCGCUUGUCAGAAAAUCCAAACAAAUGUGUGUUUGCUAAUAUCACGAAUGUUUUGGAAAACUGACCUAAAUGUAUGCCAUGUGUGGUUGACGGUAAUGUUCUAACCAUCUUUUCCUCCAUCGUUCAACGUAUCCAGCUAUUUCUUUCAUGAUCUCCAUCAACUUUUGUUAUAAAACUCUACCUACGUUAGCACUCCACCGACAUAUUUACAAUUUACAGAAGUUUGCUGAAAUUCUCAAACUCCUGACGUCAUGAUAUUCGGUGUUUGCAACACGUCAUAGAACUUUUAUGGGUAGUUUCUUAGAAAAUCUCUCACCGCUUUUCCAAGCCAUUUGGAAUAAGUUGGUUGAUUACGGAUUUUCUGCAGACUGAUUCAGGUCUAUUAGCAAACGCAAUGACAUUCUAGCGACUGUACCUAUAUAGUCCAUUCCACGGGGAACGCCUCUUUUCAUGCUAUGGAUGGAAUUUACUAUACGUUAUUUAGUUCUGAGCCAAUUGUUUUCUAAAUUGGACACAAAAAUGUUUUUUUGUUCUUAUUUCCAAAACACUUUUACCUUUCUUCUUAUGUCGAACAGAACUGAAAUUAUUUACCGAAAACUUUUUUGUAGGAGGAUGGGAUGGAUUAUAGUGUUGGACAAAAUGACCCCUAAUAUUAACUUUGUGACUAUCAAAUCAUACCAAUACAUCACCUUCUCUGGCUCACGUGAAGGAAAUAUUGGUUUAUCCAGAAUUUUCAGACAAGGGAGAAUAUGAAGAACUUGGGCAAAUGUUGCGACCAAUUGAAAGAUUUUUCACUGAAGGAAUUGACUCGAGGUCAAUUGAUUCCGAAGCUGUCAUUCCUGAAAAGACAAUGCAGCAGCUAAAAGAUUUUGGUCUCUUUGGUCAGCAGAUACCAGUGGAAUACGGUGGAUUGGGUUUGAAUGCUACCAAAUAUGCAAGGAUUGCCGAGAUAACAUCGAUGGAUGGCGGAAUUGCUGUCACUCUAGCUGCACAUCAAGCUAUUGGACUCAAAGGAAUCUUAAUAGCUGGUACUGAGGAACAAAAACGGAAAUAUUUACCCAAACUGGCAACUGGAGAACAUGUUGCUGCUUUUUGUCUCACUGAGCCGUCCAGUGGCAGUGAUGCUGCAUCGAUUCAAACACGGGCUGUCUUGUCCGAGGAUGGGAAAACGUUUCGUCUGUCAGGAGGCAAGAUUUGGAUAUCAAACGGCGGGAUUGCUGAUAUCUUUACAGUGUUUGCUAAAGUGGAGGUCACUAAUAGUGAUGGUGAGAAGGAAAAUAAAAUUACUGCAUUUAUUGUGGAGCGAGCAUUUGGUGGGGUUUCAAAUGGUGAACCAGAGGACAAACUUGGAAUUCGCGGAUCAAAUACGACAGAAGUGUUCUUUGAUGAAACCCCAGUUCCUGUGGAGAAUGUUUUGGGGGAAGUAGGACAGGGGUUUAAGAUUGCCAUGAACAUACUAAACAGUGGAAGAUUCAGCAUGGGAUCCUCAGUUGCUGGCAUACUGAAAACACUUCUAGGUUACACCGCCGAACAUGCGACAACACGAGCUCAGUUUGGCAAGAAAUUGGCAGAAUUUGGCCUCAUUCAGGAAAAGAUUGCAAGAAUCACGGUGAUGACUUAUGUUAUGGAGAGCAUGGCUUACCUAACAGCUGGGAUCAUCGACGAGUAUGAAACCCCGGAUUGCUCUGUGGAGGCUGCUAUGGUUAAGGUGUACAGUUCCGAAGGAGCUUGGGCCGGUGUCAGCGACUGUCUUCAGAUUCUUGGUGGUCUUGGAUACAUGAAAGACUUUCCCUAUGAACGUUACCUACGAGAUGCAAGAAUACUAUUAAUAUUUGAGGGAACCAAUGAAAUUCUCCGCCUCUUCAUUGCACUUCAAGGUUUGCAGCAUGCAGGAAAAGAAUUAAAAGAACUUGUCAAGAAACUUCGAAACCCAAUGGCAAAUCCUAGUCUAGUAUUUUCAACCAUUUUUGAUAGAUGGAAGAAUCACAAGAAUCCAGCCCUCACUCUGCGCCUGAACGAAGAGGUGCAUCCAAGUCUCAAGAUAGAAGCUAUUGAGCUUGAACGUGGUGUUUUGAGAUUUCAGAAAACUGUUGAAGUCGUUCUCAGCAAAUAUGGAAAUAAAAUCAUUCAUGAACAGAUGGAUUUGAAGAGAAUAGCAGAUAUUGCAAUUGACCUUUAUGCCAUGACAGCAUGCAUUGGAAGGUCAUCUCGGUCGUAUUGCAUUGGCUUAAGAAAUGCAGAUCACGAGCUUCUUCUAACAAAGUCUUUCUGUCAGGAUGCUGCAAAACGAAUUAAUGACAAUAUAGCAAAUAUUACACUGGGUUCCGUUCACAACCAGGAUGAAAAUUAUCGUCAGAUAGCCGAAAUGAUUUUCAAGAAUGGCGGAUAUGCAGCAGAACAUCCACUAGAGAGGAACUGGUGACAUACCUCGUUAUAAGAUGUGCCUUACGAGAUGACAUCUUGCUUUAACAGGACACCUCUGCAUAAUGGACAGUAGUGUACUGUUCACAUCACAGAAGGGAAUAGUACAGUGAAUGAAGCGACAGCAAUGCCAAAUUGUUUUUGAAAUCUGUUGGUCUGUUUUCAAGUUUUGUCAAGGUGUACUUUGGAAGAUUAAAUAUUCUAUGAUGUAACGAGGGAAGAAAAGGGUUGCUCCGAGGUGAAAGGUUAUGAUUUGGAAUAGAACUAAUGUACAAUAUUUAUUUAUCCAUGAAAGAUCUGUGGUGUUAGGAAACAUUUGUCCUAAUUUACAAAGGUAUCUUAGGCUCUGCUAGACAACAAAGCAUCCUCUUUGCAAGUCUUUUAGCAUUGCACUGCGAGAUCGCAACGAUGCAGGAGUUUAGUGAAUUAGGCCCCAGGUUUUUGUGCUCCUAGUUAAAAUGCAAUGGAGUGGGAACCGGUCAAAUUGUUAACAGGUAUGCUGUAUGAAUAGUAACCAGUCAAGAAUAGCUCUCAGGAAAUAACCAUUGUUCACUUUACAUACCUGUGAUAAUCUCUAAAUGCUUGCACAUGGUUACAGUAUUUUGUGAGAGCAAUAAAUGAGUGAAAUGAUGUGUGAUGCAGUGUUACGUAUAAAUAUGACUAUUAUAUUGGAGUAAAUGUUUAAAAGAU